AUGGGCUCCAAAGGCAACUCCAAACGGCAAGCCCGAGAUGAGGACAAUCAAGGAACCGUCUUUUCCAUCUCCGGCCCCGUCAUUGUCGCCGAGAACAUGAUUGGAUGCGCCAUGUACGAACUGGUCAAAGUCGGCACCGGUCAACUCGUCGGCGAAGUCAUCCGCAUUGACGCCGAUAAGGCCACCAUCCAGGUCUAUGAAGAAACGGCCGGUGUGACCGUUGGCGACCCAGUUCACCGGACAGGCAAACCUCUUUCCGUCGAGCUCGGUCCAGGGUUGAUGGAGACGAUCUAUGAUGGUAUUCAGCGCCCAUUGAAGGGCAUCAGCGAUAAGAGCGGGUCCAUUUACAUCCCUCGUGGCAUCGAUGUGCCCUCCCUAGACCGCGAGAAGAAGUGGGACUUCAAGCCCAGCAAAGACUUCAAAGAGGGGGACCACAUCACGGGCGGCGACUGCUUUGGCAGCGUCUUCGAGAACUCGCUCCUCAACGACCACAAGAUCCUGCUUCCCCCGCGUGCACGAGGCACCAUCACUCGUAUGCCGAAGGAGGGCAGCUACACUGUCGACGAGAAGAUUUUGGAGGUGGAGUUUGACGGCAAGAAGACGGAGUACAGCAUGAUGCACCAAUGGCCCGUCCGUGUUCCUCGACCCGUCGCGGACAAGGAGAGCUCGAAUGAGCCCUUCGUUGUCGGACAGCGUGUGCUCGACUCCCUGUUCCCCAGUGUGCAAGGCGGAACCGUGUGCAUUCCUGGUGCCUUUGGCUGCGGAAAGACUGUCAUCAGCCAGAGUGUGAGCAAGUUCUCCAACUCUGAUAUCAUCGUUUACGUUGGCUGUGGCGAGCGAGGAAAUGAGAUGGCCGAAGUCUUGAUGGACUUCCCCGAGCUUACAAUCAAGAUCGAAGGCCGUGAUGAGCCCAUCAUGAAGCGAACGUGUCUGAUUGCCAACACCUCCAAUAUGCCCGUGGCCGCUCGUGAGGCCUCCAUCUACACCGGCAUCACGAUUUCCGAGUACUUCCGCGACCAGGGCAAGGCGGUGGCCAUGAUGGCUGACAGCACCUCGCGCUGGGCUGAGGCUCUGCGUGAGAUUUCUGGUCGGUUGGGCGAGAUGCCUGCAGAUCAGGGCUUCCCCGCUUACCUUGGAGCAAAGCUUGCUUCUUUCUACGAGCGUGCUGGCCGUGUCGUUGCCCUUGGCUCGCCGGAUCGCAAAGGUGCCGUGUCAAUCGUCGGUGCUGUCAGUCCUCCCGGCGGUGAUUUCUCCGAUCCGGUGACGAGCGCCACACUCGGUAUCGUGCAAGUCUUCUGGGGGUUGGACAAGAAGCUGGCGCAACGGAAGCAUUUCCCAUCGAUCAACACCUCUCAAUCCUACAGCAAGUACACCACCACACUCGAGUCUUACUACGCCGAGCACAACCCAGAAUACCUCCGUUUCGCGGAGCGGAUCAAGGAGCUGUUGACCAACUCAGAGGACUUGGAUCAGGUGGUGCAGCUGGUGGGCAAGUCGGCGCUGGGCGAUUCCGACAAGAUCACGCUCGACGUUGCCACAUUGAUCAAGGAGGACUUUUUGCAGCAAAACGGGUACUCGGACUACGAUCAGUUCUGCCCGAUCUGGAAGACUUUCUGGAUGAUGAAGGCGAUGAUGGGCUUCCACGAUGAGGCGCAGAGGGUGAUUGGACAGGGCCAGAGCUGGGCCAAGGUGCGUGAGGCGACCGCCGACAUCCAGACGCAGCUUCGCAGCAUGAAGUUUGAAUUGCCAUCGGAGGGCGAGGAGAAGAUUACGAAGAAGUUUGAGGAUUUGGUGCAGAAGAUGAACGAGCAGUUUGCAAGUGUGUCGGAUGACUAG